AUGAGCAAGAAUAUCCUGUUCCUUAUUGCUGAUGAUCUCGGCAAAUGUCUCAGCUCGUACGGGACCAAAGGGCUUUCCACCCCCCACAUGGACCAAUUUAUAUCGCAGAGCGUCACCUUCGACCAAGCCUUCACCAGCACGGCAUCAUGCAGCGCCAGCCGCACUGUGAUGUACACCGGGCUACACCCGCAUGAAACCGGCCAGUACGGUUUAGCCGGGGGGAAUGCCCACUUCCAGACCUUUGAGCAUAUCCAGACCGGGCCAAAACUGUUCAACGCCCUCGGAUACCAGACGGGGAUUAUCGGCAAGGUUCACGUUGGGCCUGGACAAGUGUUUCCCUGGGAAGUGAGGGAGGAGAGUGGGAGCCGGAAUGUGGCCUGGGUGGCUGAACGGGCCGAGGCUUUUCUGGACCACGCUUCCGAGACGAAACGGCCCUUCUUCCUGACUGUUGGGUUUAUCGAUCCGCAUCGAGACAUCACGACUCGAGGCGAGUUCGGGAACUCGGAGACAUGCAACGAUACGUUUAUCCCCCCGGAGAUCAAGCCGGACGAGGUGGAAAUCCCGCCCUGGUUGACGGACGUGGCAGAGACGCGCAUCGAGUAUGUGGAAUACUACAAAGCAAUUGCUCGGCUGGAUUACGGGGUGGGAUUGAUUCUGGAUGCUGUACACCGUCGAGGAUUGGAUGAAUCAACAUUGGUGGUGCUGUGCAGUGAUAACGGGCCUCCCUUUAUCAACUCCAAAACAACUCUAUACGAGGCAGGGAUCCAGUUACCGUUCAUCAUGCGAGUGCCGGGUUCUUCCCAAGGCAUCCAUAACCCCAACAUGAUCUCGUAUAUUGACAUCCUGCCAACCUUUCUCGACUGGGCGGAGACACAACCGCCGCCUCCUCCUCGCCGGCUGGGGAGAUCGUUCCUAUCGAUCGUCAACCGUGAAGAUGUUCUAGACGAACAACACUGGCAGCACCAAGUAUACGGAUCGCAUACUUUCCAUGAAGUGGCGAAUUACUGGCCGACACGCUUUCUCCGGAAUAGACGGUUCAAAUAUCAUCGGAACAUCGCGUGGCAAUUGGAUUUUCCUUUUGCCUCCGAUUUAUACGCCAGUUUGACUCUGGAAGGGAUCCGUCGGAACCAUCUGAAGAAUGACAAUGAAAAUGAUACCGACGAUGAUGUCAUGGUUGGUUCUCGAUCGCUUAGACAGUACGUCCGGCGCCCACGUGAAGAACUGUACGAUCUCGAGACCGACGCCCAGGAGGUGAACAAUCUGGUGGCGAGCGAAGCACACCAGACGAUCCUCGUACGGAUGAGGAACGAUCUGGAGAAGUGGCAGGCCGAUACGAGAGAUCCAUGGCUGCUCAGGGACGGCCAGAGCGUGGUGGCCUUGCAGCGGUAUGCCGCAGACGGAUUGAAGAUGCCGAACAAGGCGGAUUUUGUCUUGGAUAGUGUGGCAUACAGCCGGAUGAAGCAGUACAGGGUGGAUGAUCCGGCUUUGCUGCGCAGUGAAGAGUAA